ACCGGCAGCAGCAAAAUUCAACAGCCACAAUGAAACAGAGGACGUCUCUUUUGUUUCUGUCAUGGAUAUCCUAUCACAGCCAACCCGCAGCUUCUUUCUGCCUCAAAGCAAACUCCAAAUGGCUCGCCCGAAUAGCCAUCCGAGAGCCAUCGUGUCGCCUGUACUCAGUCGACAAUAUCAAGCUGGAUGAUGGGCUCGUCUCUCAGGCCGAAAUGGCAUUCUCGAUCCUGGCCAAGCGGAAUCGAACUUGGAAAAGGCUACGGCACCUCGUCGAUCUGGCCCAGCAAGUGAAAACGCAAGAAUGCAAAUCGUUGGUGGAUGUGGGGACUGAUCACGGCAUUCUACCCAUCGCACUGGCGGCUACGGCUCAGUUUGAAACGGUGACAGGCAUUGAUAUCUCGGAACAAGUGCUCGACAAUGGGGCCAGAGCAACCCACCAAGAAGUCCAGAAUCAUCUAAAAUCGGAAAAGGGGCUCUCCUUGCCCUCGGUUGAUUUUCGCUGUGGCAACGGAUUGAGAGGUCUUGAGCAGGGAGAUGCCGAUAUCGUGUGUAUUGCUGGUAUGGGAGUCAACACCAUGCUGAAGAUCUUAGGGGGGCCUGAGACUUCAUAUUUGGGCUCUCAGAUCCUACUGCUUCAACCAACCAACUCCAAACCCAAAAACCUAAUUCAUCUGUAUGAUUCCCUUCAGAAUGAGCAAGGAUUUCUCCUGGUGGAAGAACGGAUUGAAAUACUGGCCUCUCGGUGGUACAUUUCAGCAGCCUUUGCAAGAGGGAAACAAGGUGACUCAUUGCAGUCUUGUCUGCUGCCUGGAACCAAGUUACAAACAUGUUCGGACAACAGUCAAAAGGAAAUGUUUGAUCAUUAUGUUGACCAUCAUACAUCUUGGUUGGCAAAGGAUCAGAAGUACGGGAAACUAGAAGCAUCAGAACAGAGAUGGCUAAGGACGUUUGCAGCCUCCCAUGACUAGCUAGCUUCCCAUGACUAGCUAGCUAAAGUACGGGCGUACUUUUUAGGAGUUACUUCCCUCAGUGCUUGUGCCUCUCCAUCAGUGUUACCGGUAUUCCUGUCCAAAAGGCUCGCACAACUUGCAAUGAAGCAAUUGUAAAGAUUUCGGAUCUCGCUAGCCGACUUCUGCGUCUGCACAUUAUUCAUUAUUUACAAUCUAGUCUAUAGCGUCCACCGAGAAUCUCUCUGUGUCAACAGCCAUCGCACUCUUCUCUUAUUCCAUACCAAGACCACCAAUGCAGUGACCACCAUGGCAGAGUACCGUACCUCUUUGGAAAGUACCGAAACGUUGUCCAUUACGGAUGCGCUAUCGGGAAAGUCUGAUUCUGAUUCGCUCGUGUCAUCGUCGGUUGCCGCCGACGAUGUUGAUGAUGCUGAUGCUGCAACGACCUCUUGCAGAGUCUGCGGUUUCACUCCUAGCCGACUCAAUUCCUCUCGAGUCGCUACAGCAAUGUAAUCCUCAGUCCUGGAUGGGUGAUACGCAAGCAAGUAACAAACAAGGAAUCAUUAGAUGGAUCCAACAGACUAGCAUCCAAAACUACCAUAAUCAUCAUUGCUUACCAG